AUGGCUUCCCAGAUCCCGGGCUCAGGCAUGACCCAGUGCCAGACUCGCUGCCACUUCUCCUGGGCCCCAACUCUCCCCAGCCUCUUCCCAGACUCCACAAGGCACAAUCCAGAUAGUGACACCACAGAUAGAAGACCAAGACGUUGGGGUAUUUACCGAAGGAGAUAUAACAGUGUGUCUGAACAAGUAAGUUCUGGCACUCAUCCUUCCUCCCACAAGCAACAAGAUGGAGAUUCAGCAACAAUUGACGCUCACAUGGACACUGGAGUAAGAUAUGCUCCCUAUGCCAUUCCACGCUAUCAUUGGAGAGGCCAUUUUCAGGAACAAGUCCAAACCCAUAUUAACAAGGAAAGAGAGAAAAAUCCUCCCAAGACAAAAAUGGAGGAGAAGAAGCAGGAUGAGAUAUCAGGAAGCUGGUUCAAGAUCACAGUUCCAUUCGGCAUAAAAUAUGAUGAGAAGUGGUUGCUGAAUUUGAUUCAGAAGCAAUGCAGCACCCCCUUUACUCCAGUCAAAUUUCACUAUGAGAAAAUGCAGGCCCACUUCUUCGUUGAGAAUGCCAGUAUUGCCUUUGCAUUGAAGAAUGUUAGUGGCAAGAUUUACGAUAAGAAUAAUGAGAAGAUAUCUAUCUUUGUCAUCCCCUCUAAUGCACCCCAGGAUGUGCAGGAGGAGCUGAAGUCAGAAAAGGAGGAUCAGGUAAAGAAAAGGAAGAGACUGGGGCUACAGGCAUCUUGGCUCUCUUUCUCUGGUCUAUGUGGUUCCUUCCCAUAAUCACAGGUGAAGUCAGCAGAGGAAUUGGACCAGGGAAAAAAGCUGGAGCCAGAUGACAUGAACGCAAAAAGAAACCCCUCAUGCACCACCUUACCAGAUAAUUCAACCAACAUAAGCUCCAUCCUGGAAUUGUUCCCCAAAUUAUUAUGCCUGGAUGACCAGGAGCCUCCCCCACCAACUAAUUUUGAGAUUGAAGCCCACAAGAAUGUACCAUCCUGCAAGGGAAGUUUCUUUGGAUCUGACCCACUGAAGAGUCUAGUCUUGCAAUUUCUGCAGCAGUAUUACUCUAUCUAUGACUCUGGAGACCGGCACUGUCUCCUCUGUACUUACCAUGACGAUGCCUGCUUCUCCCUGACCAUUUCUUUCAACCCCAAGGACCCAGCCCCAAGCAGCUUGUUUGAGUACUUCAAGGAUAACAGGAAUAUGAAGAACCUCAAGGACCCCAACCUGCAUUUUCGACUGCUGAAACAUACAAAACGUGACAUUAUAUGCACCCUCUGUAUGUUGCCCAAAACUCAGCAUGACCUGAGCUCCUUUGUGGUGGACAUGUUGUUCCAGUCGGAAAAGAUGCUCUGCUUCUGUGUCAAUGGGGUGUUCAAGGAAGUGGAAGGAAGGUCUCAGGGCUCUGUGCGUGCCUUCACCCGGACUUUCAUCACUACCCCUGCCAGCGAUUCCAGUCUCUGCAUCAUGAAUGAUGAACUGUUUGUGAGAGACGCCACCCCCAACACAACUCAGAGUAUGCAUCCCAUAGAAGUGCCUACACCCACCACCAGCUCCAUGACCACCCUCUCCCAGGAGCAGCAAGAAAUGGUGCAAGUUUUCUCCACCAAGUCUGGAAUGAGCCUCCAGUGGUCUCAGAAGUGUCUUCAUGAUAACCACUGGGACUACACGAGGGCUGAACAGGUGCUCACUCUGUACAAGGACAAGUACAAGAUCUCAGAGGAGGCCCUCCCACAGGCUGAUCCCGGAUCCUAAGAACACAACUCACCAAAAACCCCUUGAGUGUCAUCAUCUUCAUCCUCAUCAUCUUUGUUAUGUUUUCCCUCCAGUCUUACUAUAUUCCUAUUAUUGAGCCAGGAGGUCUGGUUGGAGCUACUAAUUCAAUGCUUAAGUGAUACUCAUCCAUCCAA